AUGGCAGACGAGGGUUUCGACGCGCGGAAGGCGGCGGUGCUGGCGGCGCUGGCGUCGGCGGAGCGCGACAAGUCGCUCAAGGGCGGGCUGGAUGCGCCGAUCGCGGAUCUGGUGGCGGAGAUCAACGGCCACGAUGAUCUCUUCACCACCAGCUCCCAUGACCCCAUCGACCCUGCCGACCUCGUUACUGCCGUCUUCUCUACAAGCACAGCGCGCACAGACGCCGACGGCAGCAACAGCGCCAGCAGCAUUAGCACCCCCGCCACCCCCGCCAUCUGCGCCUCUCCGCGCGCUCUCCCUGGCGAGCUGGUGUUCCGCUUCGAGCCGCUCAUCCUCGCCCUAGAGUGUCGCUCCCUCACCGCCGCGCAGGCGCUUGUCUCCUGCGCCAUCCGCGCUGGCUUUAGGGAGUCAGGUUUUCGCUGCUCCCUCGCUGCCGCGCAGGCGCUCGUGUCCUGCGCCAUCCGCGCUGGCUUUAGGGAGUCAGCCGCUCAUCCUCGCCCUCGAAUGUCGCUCCCUCUCCGCCGCACAGGCUCUCGUGUCCUGCGCCAUUGCGCGGGUUUCAGAGAGUCAGGUGAGGGCUUGGGAUUAAGGGGUUUGGUGUUAAGGGGUUUGGGAUUAAGGGGUGGGAUUAAGGGGUUUGGGAUUAAGGGGUUUGGGAUUAAGGGGUUUGGGAUUAAGGGGUUUAGGAUUAAGGGGUUUGGGAUUGGGGGGUUUCCCCUAUCCCCCCCUUUCCCUCCGUUCCCCCUCCCUCCCCUUCCUCUCCUCUACCACCGCUGUCCAUUCCCCUUUCUCCCUCCUACCGCCGCCCCUCCCCCCAGGCAUCGCUAG